GCACCCCCAGCCCCCGAGGAGCCGGAGCCGGCGGCAGAGCGAGAGGAGGAGCGCCCCAAACCCAGCCGCCCGGUGGUGCCGCCUCUGAUCCCUCCGAAGAUCCCGGAAGGGGAGCGCGUGGACUUCGAUGACAUCCACCGGAAGCGCAUGGAGAAGGACCUUCUGGAGCUGCAGACGCUCAUCGACGUGCACUUCGAGCAGCGGAAGAAGGAGGAGGAGGAGCUCAUCGCGCUGAAAGAGCGCAUCGAGCGGCGCCGGGCCGAGAGGGCGGAGCAGCAACGCUUCCGAACCGAGAAGGAGCGCGAGCGGCAGGCGAAGCUGGCGGGAGAAGGCCCAGGAGCUGUCGGACUGGAUCCACCAGCUGGAGUCCGAGAAGUUCGACCUGAUGGAGAAGCUGAAGCAGCAGAAGUAUGAGAUCAACGUGCUCUACAACCGCCCGGAAGGGGGCAGGGAAGGGCCGUGUGGGAGGACGCUGGAAGUGAGGACGCCCCGACAGAGGCCCAGCGUGAGGCACGUGGACGUUUGUCCCCGUCCACGUCCACAUCUUAAAUAAACGCCCGCCCUCAGGCA